AACUAUAAAAAGAGGGUUUGUUUUAGAUUUCACCAACCCUCCAAUACUCUCUUUCUCUCUCAUUAAUUAAGGGUCUUAAAAAUGGAAUUCUUCAAUGUUGAGUCCCCCUUUUCUUUUGACUUGGGGGAAGAUCUAGUCCCUCUGCCCUCUCUUCCAUCGUCCUCCGUCAUCUCUCCGCCAUUGGACAACGACGGUAACCGUGUUUCCCAAAAGCCAAAAAAUGGCCGCCGGAAAAAGCCACUGCCCAACACUUGCAAUGAUGAUGGCGGCGAUGAGAACCUUGACGAACAAAAGAAGAAGAAGAUAAUACAUAGAGAUGUGGAGCGCCAAAGAAGACAAGAAAUGUCUUCUCUUUACACCACACUUCGCUCGCUUCUCCCUCUUGACUACCUCAAGGGAAAACGGUCAAUAUCAGACCACAUGCAACAGACAGUUAGUUACGUUCAACAUAUUCAAAGAAGGAUUCAACAACUGAAAGAUAAAAGAGAUAAGCUAAGAGAACUCGCCAACCAAACUAACAGAAAGAGACUUAGUUCCUCAGAAAGAGACUCAGUGGUGGUGAGAGCAAAAGAUGGAAUAGGAAUUCAAGUUGUUUUAGACACAACCACAAAACAUAGGCUCCCUUUUUCCAUCUUUGUUCAAGCUUUAGUUGUUGAAGGCCUUGAAAUCCUGAACUGCAUUUCACACAGACUGGAUGAGAGGUUUAUUCACACCAUUGAAUGCCAACCUAUUCUAAAUAAUGAUGGCUGUUAUACAACCAUUGAUGUCUCUAUGUUUCAGCAUAAGUUGGCCAAUUUGGAAUAUUAUCCUUUAGAUUAGAUAAAAUUAUCGAGUUGAUUAUUAUGUUAUGUGAAUUGUUGAUCAUCAUUAUUAAGUUUAAUAACACUGUAUCAGUCGUACAAAGAAGGAGUGCAUUAUUACUGAUUAGCUUGUCAAGAGUAUAUUAAGCGUAAAAGUAGUAUAAACUAUUUGCAUCGCGACCAACUUUAUAAAUAAUAUAUUAAUCAAGUGCAUCAUGAUCAAGUUUAUCAGUAAUAUAAUCAAAUCAAAUGUCUACCAACAAUAUAAAACAAUGCAUCAUACCAUCAAAUUUAUUAGCAAUGAAAAACAGUCAUGUGUAUCAAAUUUUAUUUUAUAAACCAAUAGUGUGUAUCGGUCAAAUGCAUCGUUAUAUUAUCAAGUAUAAUAUAUUAAUCAAGUGCAAUAGUAUGGAUAUUUAUGAUAUUAGGAAGUUUAGUUUGAAAAAAUAUGAAGAAAAAAAAUUACUUAUAUAAAUGACAAAAUCAAAUAACUAACAAAGAAAACGAAUAAUACAAAUUGUCUAAAAUAACCGCACCUAAGCUAAAACCCCAACAUUCGAAUAAAUAAUUUAAAGAGUUUCUCAACCAUGAGAACCUCACCCAAUUAGAUUAUAAUUAAAACACAUAACUAGGUAAUUAAUUAUAUAAAUGACAGGUCAUUGCUAUCCUAACACAAACCCAAAAGAGGACUCUCUCUCACUCUUUGUGUUAUUUUCUCUCUUGGGUUUGUCUCUCCACCUCCACCUUUACCUUCAAGCAAUUCCAGCCAUAAAAUAAUAAAUGUAUAGUAACAUCCAAGAUGUUGGUAUCAUACACAAUUACAGAGAAAACAAACUUGGAUUCGUAAUUCAAGUACACAUUUUUUAAGAGUCGUUUGUAGUCGUAGCGAAACAAAGUAUGAAAAUUUACUCAGUAGCCCAUUCAUUUAAUUUUAAAUUGUUGCAUUCUUUGAUAAAUAAUUUCAAUAGUUUUUUCUUUAAAGAAGAAUAUCUUCUUCUUUAAAUAUUUAAAGAAAAGAUAAAAGAUAAAUUGUUCUCUUAA